AUGGCUUAUCCAUACUAUUCACCUCCACCACCUUCAACUCCCCCACCACCUAGUAAUCCCGUCAUUUCACCACCUCCGACCAACCACCGUUAUUUCCACUCACCACCACCACCCCCUCCUCCUCCACCUCACUAUCACCACCACCACCAUCAUAAGCCAACACCACCACCACCACGACGUCAUCACCAUAAGCAUCAUUGUGGCCAUGGCCACCCUAAGCCACCCUCACCGUCACCACAAUCACCACCAUGUCAUUAUUGCGCACAUCCACCUUAUAAUGGGCCACCACCCUCCAAACAUCUCACACCUCCACCAAAAAUCCCUUCGUAUGCACCACCACCAUCACCUAGUGGCCCAGUGCCGGUGCCUUCCCCACCAGGCCACAUUCCUAGUCCAGUUCCACCACCAAAAUUACCACCGUAUUUAGCACCACCACCAAAACCAACACCUACUGGACCAGCACCAGUGCCCUCUCCAACCGCGCCUAAACCCUCAUCUCCACCAAGCCAUACUCCUAUUCCAGCACCAUCACAGAAGUCACCUCCGUAUGUAGCACCACCAUCUCAUCCUGUUUCACCCCCAAUCCCAUCAAAAGGUCCAGUUUCACCACCAAAGUUACCACCAUAUGCUACACCACCACCAAAACCUAGUGUAAGUCCGGUACCGCCACCGCUUAUUCCUGGUCACACUCCACCUCUUUAUGGUGCACCCACACCUUUUAACGCAGUACCACCGCCAUCAAACGUUCUGGCACCACCUGGAGGAAACAACCACACGACCAUCAUUGCAGUGUGCGUUUCGCUUGGCGGCGCAUUCUUCCUUGCAUUCCUUUUGGUGGGUCUCAUCUGUUUGGCUAAGAAGAAGAAGAAGCCAGUUAUGGUUCCUGCAGCACCUGUAUCUAUCGAAGAACAUGAAGUAAUUCAAGAGACAAUCACGACAAGACCAUGUGGAGAGGAAAUUGUGACCGUGUCCAUUGAGGAUGAUGUGAAAAUUCAUGAAGUUGUAGGAGGCGCUGGUGGUGCAGGUAGCUCAUAUAUGGGGGAUGUAGAUGGCACUCCUUGCGAGCCCAAGCACCCCAAGCCCAAAGGCCCUCCUCAUGGUAGUUUGGCUAAGAAGAAGAAGAAGCCAGUUAUGGUUCCUGCAGCACAUGUAUCUAUCGAAGAAGAUGAAGUAAUUCAAGAGACAAUCACGACAGGACCAUGGGGAAAGGAAUUUGCGACAGUGCCCAUUGAGGAUGAUGUGCAAAUCCAUGAAGUUGUAGAAGGCGCUGGUGGUGCAGGUAGCUUAUAUAUGGGGGAUGCAGAUGGCACUCCCAGCGAGCCCGAGCACCCCAAAACCAAAGGCCCUCCUCAUGGUAGUUUGGCUAAGAAGAAGAAGAAGCCAGUUAUGAAUCCUGCAGCACCUGUAUCUAUCGAAGAAGAUGAAGUAAUUCAAGAGAUAAUCACGACAGGACCAUGGGGAAAGGAAAUUGCGACAGUGCCCAUUGAGGAUGAUGUGCAAAUCCAUGAAGUUGUAGAAGGCGCUGGUGGUGCAGGUAGCUUAUAUAUGGGGGAUGCAGAUGGCACUCCCAGCGAGCCCGAGCACCGUAAACCCAAAGGCCCUCCUCAUGGUAGUUUGGCUAAGAAGAAGAAGCAGCCAGUUAUGAAUCCUGCAGCACCUGCAUCUAUCGAAGAAGAUGAAGUAAUUCAAGAGAUAAUCACGACAGGAACAUGGGGAGAGGAAAUUGUGACAGUGCCCAUUGAGGAUGAUGUGCAAAUUCAUGAAGUUGUAGGAGGUGCUGUUGAUGCAGGUAGCUCAUAUAUGGCUGCUGCAGGUGGCACUCCCCGCGAGCCCGAGCACCCCAAACCCAAAGGCCCUCCUCAUGGUAAAGGCCAUCACCACCAAUACUAA